CAACGUUUUUGUUGCCUUUUGUAGCUAACGUUAGUGUUGCUAAGGGACGGAUAAGGUUCGCGGGCUACGAGGCGAAAACUGAUUGUGAUUUCGUCUAAUGGAUUUUUUUUUUCAACCCAGAAAUUUUGAGCAGUGAAACUAUUUAUCACAUAGCUACAAGAUAAAUGAAGACGUUGUAAGUUAGCUAACGAUAGCUUGCUGGUAUCCAAGUGGUCAUAUUGUGGAAGUAGUAACAUGGCUAACGUUAGCUAGCUGGAAAACAAACCUGCAAGUUUGUCCGCACAGUAACUGUUAUUUAAACUUUAUGAUGCACCUACUCCCUGCAUGUGUGAUAGCCAGUCACACACUUCGUUCUGUAAUUAACAGUUUGAGGUACAUGGCAUGCAGUCAUUACGAUAGUCCGAAAUGUCACUCAACAAUGAUUUUUGAGCGACUAUAGUGUUUUGCUAUGAAUAUGGCAACCGAACCGAUGGUCGAUGGGGUAGCAAAGUGAUGGAGGAGCGCGUGAAACUACCCGAGUAUUGAUGCAGAGCGAAGCCUGAAUCGCUGGCAAAGACAGCGAGUUACAACAACAUCCUUGACUCUUUGUUGUUCAUCCGGAAUAAUCUCGGAGUGAUACGGCUGCACCUGCUGUAAAGAUUCUGCAGGACCCCCUUGAAUGAUUCCUCUUCUGCUCUCCGGACUCUUGAUCUUGUGGUUGUUGCGGCGUUUUGUCAAGACCAGGUUGAUGCUCGGGAGCGGAGUGAAAGUUCGGGCCGAGGGUAAAGUCCACGAGGAGGAGGAGGAGGAGGAGGAGGAGGAGGAAGUGCAGUCCAGGCCGCAAACCCCCGGGCCCGCUCCCGCCCUGGAUCCCACACAGAGCCGCUGCCCCGUGCCGACUCAACCAGGAGCUACGUCUCCAGAACCCGGAGGGACUCCCCAAAGAGCCCCUGCUGCCACGCCCGGGGGCGACAGGCCCAGCGCGGGGGCGAUGGAGCCGGCCCGGGCCCCUGCAGAGGCAGCAGCAGCAGCUCUCCCGCCCGCCCCGCCCGGCCGUGGCCCGGGUCCCGGUGGGACGGCCCGGCCCAGCUUCCGCAGGGGCUCCCAGGCCCGCGAGCGGCUGAAGUUCAUCCUGGGGGCGUCCGAGGACAACUCUUCAGACGAGGAGCCGGAGGGGCCUGACGGACAGGCGGUGGGCGGGGCCUCCUCCAGUCGCGCUGAAACGCCGGCGUCUUCUGCCCCGUCACAUGACGCCCAGUCAGGGACGUCUACUUCCUCUUCCUGCUCCACCAUACGGCCCAGCAUGUCAGGCCUGCACCUGGUGAAGAAGGGCAGGGAGCAGAGGAAGAUGGAUCUCCACAGAGACUUCACCGUGGCGUCCCCGGCCGAGUUCGUCACCCGCUUCGGGGGGAACCUUGUAAUCGACAAGGUCCUGAUAGCCAACAAUGGCAUCGCAGCAGUGAAGUGCAUGCGCUCUAUACGCCGUUGGUCGUACGAGAUGUUCCGGAAUGAGCGCGCCAUCCGCUUCGUGGUGAUGGUCACCCCCGAGGACCUGAAGGCCAACGCAGAGUACAUCAAAAUGGCGGACCACUAUGUGCCAGUCCCUGGAGGCGCAAACAACAACAACUACGCCAACGUGGAGCUGAUCGUGGACAUUGCCAAGAGGAUCCCGGUGCAGGCAGUGUGGGCGGGGUGGGGCCAUGCAUCCGAAAAUCCCAAACUUCCAGAGCUGCUGCAGAAGGCCGGAAUAUGCUUUUUAGGUCCUUCCAGCAAGGCCAUGUGGGCCCUGGGGGAUAAGGUGGCCUCCUCCAUCGUGGCACAGAGCGCGGACAUCCCCAUCCUGCCCUGGAGCGGAUCAGGACUCCGGGUGGAGUGGGCGGAGGAGGACCAGCGGCUGGGUCACGUGAUCAGUGUGCCCGCAGAGCUGUACGCGCGGGGCUGCGUGCGCGACGUCGACGACGGACUGGCGGGGGCGGAGAGGAUCGGGUACCCGGUCGUGAUUAAAGCCUCUGAAGGCGGCGGGGGGAAGGGCAUCAGGAAGGUGGAGAGUGCCGAGGACUUCGCCGGUUCCUUCAGACAGGUGCAGGUGGAAGUGCCUGGCUCGCCCAUCUUCGUCAUGCAGUUGGCGCAGCACGCCCGCCACCUCGAGGUCCAGAUCCUGGCGGACCAGUACGGCAACGCCAUCUCCCUGUUCGGCCGCGACUGCUCCGUCCAGCGGAGACACCAGAAGAUCAUCGAGGAGGCCCCGGCCACCAUCGCUGCUCCAUCCACCUUUGAGCAGAUGGAGAAGUAUGCCGUGCGGCUGGCUAAGAUGGUGGGCUACGUGAGCACGGGGACUGUGGAGUACCUCUACUCUGAAGACGGAAGCUUCCAUUUCCUGGAGCUCAACCCCCGUCUGCAGGUGGAACAUCCCUGCACGGAGAUGAUUGGAGAUGUGAACCUCCCAGCCGCCCAGCUCCAGAUUGGCAUGGGGAUCCCCCUUCACAGAAUGAAGGACAUCAGAGUGCUGUACGGGGAGAGUCCGUGGGGGGACACGCAGAUCAACUUUGAGGCCCCCGAGUGCACCCCCAGCCCCAGGGGCCACGUCAUCGCGGCUCGGAUCACCAGCGAGAACCCCGACGAGGGCUUCAAACCGAGCUCCGGCACCGUGCAGGAGCUGAACUUCCGCAGCAGCAAGAACGUGUGGGGCUACUUCAGCGUGGGGGCGGCCGGCGGCCUGCACGAGUUCGCCGACUCCCAGUUCGGACACUGCUUCUCCUGGGGGGAGAACCGCGAGGAGGCCAUCUCGAACAUGGUGGUGGCCAUGAAGGAGCUGUCCAUCCGCGGGGACUUCCGGACCACCGUGGAGUACCUCAUCAAACUGCUGGAGACGGAGAGCUUCAGGAACAACGACACCGACACCAGCUGGCUGGACCACCUCAUCGCGGAAAAAGUGCAGGCGGAGAAGCCCGACACCAUGCUGGCCGUGGUGUGUGGCUCCCUUCACGUGGCCGACGCCAGCUUCAGGAAGAGCAUGUCGGACUUCCUGCAUUCUCUCGAGAGGGGCCAGGUGCUGCCUGCUGCCAGUCUCCUAAACGCUGUGGACCUGGACCUCAUUUACGAAGGCAUCAAGUACUCCCUCAAGGUGGCCCGCCAGUCCCCCACCACCUGCGUGAUCAUCAUGAACGGGUCGGACAUCGAGAUCGACGUGCACAGGUUAAGCGACGGGGGCCUCCUCCUCUCCUACAACGGCUGCAGCUACACCACCUACAUGAAGGAGGAAGUGGAGAGCUACCGGAUCACAAUAGGCAACAAGACGUGUGUGUUUGAGAAGGAGAAAGACCCCACGGUGCUCAGGUCGCCCUCUGCUGGUAAACUGCUGCAGUACCUCGUGGAGGACGGGGGCCAUUUAUGCGCAGGGAAUUCCUACGCAGAAAUUGAGGUGAUGAAGAUGGUGAUGACGCUGAACGUGCAGGAGUCGGGCUGCGUGCACUUCGUCAAGCGGCCGGGCGCGGUGCUGGAGGCCGGGGGCAUCGUGGCCCACCUGGAGCUGGACGACCCCAGCAGCCUCCACCCGGUGGAGCUGAACACAGAGGUCCUGCCGGUCCAGCAGCCCCUGCCCAUGACCGGGGAGAAGCUGCACCAGGUCUUCCACAGCGUGCUGGAGAACCUGGUCAAGAUCAUGGACGGCUUCUGCCUGCCUGAGCCCUUCUUCAGCAACAAGGUGAAGCAGUGGGUGGGCACCCUGAUGAAGACCCUGCGGGACCCCUCGCUGCCCCUGCUGGAGCUGCAGGAGAUCAUGACCAGCGUUUCGGGACGCAUCCCGGUCUCCGUGGAGAAGGCCAUCCGCAAGGUGAUGGCCCAGUACGCCAGCAACAUCACCUCGGUGCUCUGCCAGUUCCCCAGCCAGAGGAUCGCCAACAUCCUGGACAGCCAUGCCGCAACGCUGCAGAGGAAGGCCGACAGGGAGGUCUUCUUCAUGAACACCCAGAGUAUAGUGCAGCUGGUGCAGAGGUACCGCAGCGGAAUUCGCGGGUACAUGAAGUCGGUGGUGUUGGACGUGCUUAAGAAGUACCUGGAGGUGGAGACGCAGUUCCAGCAAGCUCACUAUGACAAGUGUGUGAUAAACCUGCGGGAGCAUUACAAGCCCGACAUGACCCCGGUGCUGGAGCGCAUCUUCUCCCACGCCCAGGUCUCCAAGAAGAACGUCCUGGUCACCAUGCUCAUCGACCAGCUGUGCGGGCGGGACCCCACUCUGGCUGACGAGCUCAUGGCCAUCCUGAACGAGCUCACGCAGCUCAGCAAGGUGGAGAACUCCAAGGUGGCCCUGCGGUCCAGACAGGUGCUGAUAGCCUCCCACCUGCCCUCCUACGAGCUGAGGCACAACCAGGUGGAGUCCAUCUUCCUGUCGGCCAUCGAUAUGUACGGACACCAGUUCUGCCCCGAGAACCUGAAGAAACUCAUCCUGUCUGAGACCUCCAUCUUCGACGUCCUGCCCAACUUCUUCUACCACAGUAACCGCGUGGUGUGCAUGGCUGCCCUGGAGGUGUACGUGCGCCGGGGCUACAUCGCGUACGAGCUCAACAGCCUGCAGCACCACCAGCUGCAGGACGGCACCUGCGCCGUGGACUUCCAGUUCAUGCUGCCCUCGUCCCACCCCAACAGAUUUGAGCCAAUCACAGUGGACCUAGAAAGCUGCCCUACUCUGAACAGGGUGUCCGUCCCAGAGAGCUCCCACCAGUUUGAGAUCCGACGGCAGGGCAGCGAGCUCUUCAUGGAGGGGGCCCUGUCCCCGCCCUGCCAGCGGAUGGGCGCCAUGGUGGCCUUCCAGGGCUUCGACGACUUCAGGAGGAAUUUCGACGAGGUGAUCUCCAGCUUCGCCGAGCCCCUGCUGGAGAGCCCUCUGUUCUCGGAGGCCUGCUCCACGCUGUACGACGAGGAGAACUGCAAGAGCAUGAGGGAGAACCCCAUCCACAUCCUCAACGUGUCCAUCAAGAGCGCCGACACGGAGGACGACGACAAGCUGGUGACGGAUUUCAGCACCUUCGCCCAGUCCAAGAAAGCCAUCCUUUUUGAAUAUGGAAUAAGAAGAAUCACAUUUUUAGUUGCACAGAAGAGAGAAUUUCCUAAGUUCUUCACUUUCAGAGCUAGAGAUGAGUUCCAGGAGGACAGGAUCUACCGGAACCUGGAGCCGGCGCUGGCCUUCCAGCUGGAGCUGAGCCGCAUGCGCAACUUCGACCUGGCGGCCGUGCCCUGUGCCAACCACAAGAUGCACCUGUACCUGGGCGCCGCCCGCGUGGAGCAGGGCGCCGAGGUCACCGACUACCGCUUCUUCAUCCGCGCCAUCAUACGCCACUCCGACCUCAUCACCAAGGAGGCCUCCUUCGAGUACCUGCAGAACGAGGGCGAGAGGCUGCUCCUGGAGGCCAUGGACGAGCUGGAGGUGGCCUUCAGCAACACCGCCGUGCGCACAGACUGCAACCACAUCUUCCUCAACUUCGUCCCCACCGUCAUCAUGGACCCCUCCAAGAUCGAGGAGUCUGUGCGCUCCAUGGUGAUGCGUUACGGCAGCCGGCUCUGGAAGCUGCGCGUGCUGCAGGCCGAGCUGAAGAUCAACAUCCGCCUCACGCCCGUGGGCACCGCCAUCCCCAUCCGCCUCUUCCUCACCAACGAGUCCGGCUACUACCUGGACAUCAGCCUGUACAAGGAGGUGACGGACCCCGGCUCCGGACAGAUCAUGUUCCAGUCGUACGGGGACAAGCAGGGUCCGCUCCACGGCAUGCUGAUGAACACCCCCUACGUCACCAAAGACCUGCUGCAGGCCAAGAGGUUCCAGGCCCAGACGCUGGGCACCACCUACGUGUACGACUUCCCCGAGAUGUUCAGACAGGCCCUGUUUAAGAUGUGGGGUUCGGGGGACAGUUACCCCGAAGACGUGCUGAUGUGCACGGAGAUGGUGCUGGACCCCCAGGGCCGACUGGUGCAGAUGAACCGGCUCCCUGGAGACAACGAGGUGGGCAUGGUGGCGUUCCGCAUGAAGAUGAAGACGCCGGAGUACCCCGAGGGCCGCGAGAUCAUGGUGAUCUGCAACGACAUCACGCACAUGAUCGGGUCGUUCGGGCCGCAGGAGGACCUGCUGUUCGCCCGCGCGUCGGAGCUGGCCCGGGCCGAGGGCAUCCCGCGCGUCUACGUCUCCGCCAACAGCGGCGCCCGCAUCGGCCUGGCCGAGGAGAUCCGACACAAGUUCCAGGUGGCCUGGGUGGACCCGGCCGACCCCUACAAGGGUUUCAAAUACCUGUACCUGACACCCCAGGACUACACCCGCAUCAGCUCCUCCAACUCUGUGCACUGCCGGCACGUGGAGGAGGGAGGGGAGUCCAGGUACAUCAUCACUGACAUCAUCGGGAUGGAGGAGGGUCUGGGCGUGGAGAACCUGCGGGGGUCCGGCACCAUCGCGGGGGAGACGUCUCUGGCCUACGAGGAGAUCGUCACCAUCAGCAUGGUGACGUGCAGGGCCAUUGGGAUCGGGGCGUAUCUGGUGCGUCUGGGUCAGAGGGUCAUUCAGGUGGAGAACUCCCACAUUAUCCUCACGGGUGCUGGUGCCCUCAACAAGGUGCUGGGGCGGGAGGUCUACACCUCGAACAACCAGCUGGGCGGGGUGCAGAUCAUGCACCACAACGGAGUCACUCACGCCACUGUCCCGGAUGACUUUGAGGGCGUCUUCACCAUCCUGCAAUGGCUCUCCUACAUGCCGAAGAACAAGCACAGUCCAGUGCCCAUCCUGAAGCCCACGGACCCGGUGGAGAGGGAGAUCGACUUCGUCCCGACCAAGGCCCCCUACGACCCGCGCUGGCUGCUGUCCGGGAGGCCCCAUCCCACGAUCAAAGGUGCCUGGCAGAGCGGCUUCUUCGACCACGGCUCGUUCAUGGAGGUGAUGAGGGACUGGGCGCAGACCGUGGUGGUGGGCCGAGCUAGGUUAGGAGGAAUUCCGUUGGGGGUCAUCGCCGUGGAGACGCGCGCUGUCGAGGUCACCGUCCCCGCAGACCCGGCCAACCUGGACUCGGAGGCCAAACUCCUGCAGCAGGCGGGUCAGGUGUGGUUCCCCGACUCGGCCUUCAAAACCGCCCAGGCCAUCCGCGACUUCGGCCGCGAGCAGCUGCCCCUGAUGGUGUUCGCCAACUGGAGGGGCUUCUCUGGAGGGAUGAAGGACAUGUACGACCAGGUGCUGAAGUUCGGGGCCUACAUCGUGGACAGCCUGCGGGAGUUUCGCCAGCCCGUUCUGGUCUACAUCCCCCCCCACGCGGAGCUGAGGGGGGGCUCCUGGGUGGUGAUCGACCCCACCAUCAACCCCCUCUGCAUGGAGCUCUACGCCGACCGGGAGAGCAGGGGUGGUGUCCUGGAGGCCGAGGGGACAGUGGAGAUUAAGUUCCGCAGGAAGGACCUUCUGAAGACCAUGCGUAGGAUUGACCCAACCUACGCCCAGCUGGCCGAACAGCUAGGCACCCCAGAACUGUCGGAGAAAGAGCGCAAGGACCUGGAGGGCAAGCUGAAGGCCAGAGAGGAGUUCCUGCUGCCCAUCUACCACCAGGUGGCAGUGCAGUUUGUGGACCUCCACGACACUCCCGGGAGGAUGCAGGAGAAGGGAGUGAUUACGGACGUCCUGGACUGGAGGAGCGCGAGGAGCUUCUUCUACUGGCGUCUGCGGCGCCUCCUGCUGGAGCAGGUGGUGAAGGGCCAGGUGCUGCGCGCCAACGGGGAGCUGAGCGACGGCCACGUGCAGUCCAUGCUCCGCCGCUGGUUCGUGGAGACCGAGGGCACCGUCAAGGCCUACCUGUGGGACAAUAACAGAGUGGUGGUGGAGUGGCUGGAGAAGCACUUGUCAGAGGAAGACGGGACCCGCUCGGCCAUCAGGGAGAACAUCAAGUACCUGAAGAGGGACUACGCCGUCAAGCACAUCCGCAGCUUGGUACAGGCCAAUCCGGAGGUAGCCAUGGACUGCAUCAUCCACAUGAGCCAGAACAUCACUUCCUCCCAGAGGGCCAAAAUCUCCCACAUGCUGGCCACCAUGGACAACACGCCCAACAACAACUGAACUCCCGCUGGCCUUGCGAGGAAUGGCGGGGGUCUCCUCCCGAAGCGGAUCGGAGCGGCCGGGGGCAGUUUUUACCGCCAUGGUGACCCGGUUCCCACUGUGAUCGGCUGGGACUGAUAAAACUCUUGUGUUUUUCUCAGGAUUAAGCUACGACUGCUGAUUGUAACCACACACAAACUUUUCUAACGGCUAAUGCACACAUCAGUCCUGACACUACGCGUGUGGUCAGCUUAAAAAGAAAAAUAUAAAAAAAAAACUAAAAAUUAAAAUUAAAACUUGCUGUGUGUCAGGUCCCCUAUACUCCCAUUCCAUAGGUAGUGUUGGAUUUCCGCUACGCGUGAGUGAAAGCAAGCCACCAAAGGGAAUUACCACCGCUGUGCCAUAAGAACAUGUUGAAUGUUGUGUCGUGUGUCGUCUCUCAGUGUGCCUUCAAAAUGGAGGAUGACCGACUAGCUUUGACGCGUCUGAAAUAAAUCUGUUCGAUGACGUGCCAAACCUCCGACUGUGAAUAUUGCAUACUUAUGGGACAGUGAUUCACCACAUCUGGGAACUUGUCGGCUGCUGGCUUCAUCUGUAGGACAGGAGCUGACCCGGAAGGUGUGUGUGAGGAAAGCUGAUUCUCCUGCUGACACCAAAGAUAUGCUUUUUACCGUGCGAACGCUUGAGCAACGAUGCUCAACAUGCAUUUUGGAACUGAUUUUAUACCCGCUUCUACACCAGCUUUCACAUCCACGGCCUUUCUCCAUCCUCCACGUGACUGUCUCUGUAAACGAUAAGCUAUCGAUCUGAUAUGUCCGUUAUUCUUCUGCUACAGGCUUUGAGAAGUAAAAAUACUAAGAGGCUCAUCUGAGUGAGUCAUUCGGUGUCAGUGCAGAACUGUGUGUUUGUGUAUCUGGGACGUAUAUACACCUUCUCUGAAUAAAUGCCAGUGUCUCUGAUCAUCUUCUGACUGUCACAGAUUUCAGCCGAUGAGAGAGCGUGAGACGACAAGAUUUUUCUGAAAUUGUGAGACUUUAUUUUUGUAUUCUGAUCUCAUUAGUUAAAGACUGUGUAAACUAUAAAACGGUUUCCAACAGAAAA